AGACCCGAGGCUUUAUUGAAAUGCCUGGCCGGGUCGGGUCAAUACCCUAACAAUCCGACCCGAAUGCACAUCUUACAGUUGACAUUUCAAUUUCUCUGCUAACAACGCUUAAAGCCCACGUCUUUCUUCCUCGUUCCAGCUCCCCCGACUGAACCAAAAAAAUAAUAAAUAAUAAAUAAAUAAAUACUGUUAAUAAUAAUUAACCCCCGAAUUCCAUUUGCACCAAGAAAUCUCACUGCUAUCGAAAUCUACGAAACGAUGUCGUACGAGGAGGAGCAGGAGACCUUCGAGCACACCCUCCUAGUUGUCCGGGAAGUCUCCGUGUUCAAGAUCCCUCCUCGUCCCACCAGCGGCGGCUUCAAGUGCGGCGAGUGGCUCCAGUCCGACAAGAUCUGGUCCGGCCGCCUCCGCGUGGUGUCGUGCGCCACCCGCUGCGAGAUCCGCCUCGAGGACCCGAACUCCGGCGAACUCUUCGCCGCCUGCUUCGUUAACCCCGGCCAGAGGGAGGCCGCCGUCGAAUCGGUGCUGGAUUCUUCGAGGUACUUCGUGCUCAGGAUCGAGGACGGCCGUGGCAAGUACGCGUUCAUAGGGCUGGGGUUUAAUGAGAGGAAUGAGGCCUUCGAUUUUAACGUUGCCUUGUCGGAUCACGAGAAGUAUGUGAAGAGGGAGGGGGAUAAGGAGGUGGAGAGCGGCGGCGCCGGUGGCGGUGAUGGUGGCGGUGAGGAAGGGCAUAUUGGUAUUCACCCUGCUGUUCAUCACAGAUUGAAGGAAGGGGAAACGAUUCGAAUAAAUGUGAAGAACAAAUCAUCAAGUGGAGCAGGCAUGCUUUCUGCUGCGGUAUUGUCCGGUGGAGUUUCUGGAACCGGAAAACCUAAAGCUCUAUCUCUUGCCCCACCACCUAUCGGGGCGGUCAAAAUUAGGUCUCCUCUUCCUCCUCCACCCAAUGAUGCUUCUGCCGCUGCUCUGAAGGGCCCCAAGGAGAAUCCGAGGCGCUCGAAUGAUACUCUUUCUGAUCUCUCUCAACUUGAGAAGAGCCUUCCAUCGAAUGCUGGAUCGAGUUCUCCUCAAACCUCUGCAGCUGGCUGGGCAGCAUUUUGAACUCGAACCGCGAACUUCUUUUCUUGGUGUCGUUUUGUUGCUGUUGUAUUAAGGAAAGAUGAGAAAUAUCAUAUAUGAAAUUGUCGGAAAAUGCACGGGAAAUUUUAGUAUUUUGAUGAACACCACUAUCUUUCCAAAAUGCAUAUAUAUAUUCAUUUUUAUCUAUGUAAAAUUGAUGGACUGUGCCUGUUUUCCUUACUCAGUUAUUCUUUUUUUGGUC